AUGGCCGCGCGGUCGGACCUAGAGCUUCGGCGGGAGCUGCAGGCCCUAGGCUUUGAGCCCGGGCCCAUCACCGACACCACCCGGGACGUCUACCUCAACAAGCUGCAGCGGCUGCGGGGCGAAGCCCGGCAGCGCGCGAGGCCCGGCGUGGGGCCGCUGCGGUCCGAGGCGGCGCGCCUGGGCCUGGGGCCAGGGGCCGUCACCUCCUCCUCAUCCUGGGCCGGGAGCCGCCCGAGCAUCCACCACGCAACCGCCGGGGCCCGCAAUGCGGCUGCCUGGCGCCUCAACCGGGAGCGAGAGCAGAAGCGGGACAGCUCCGAGGAGGACGAGCCGCCCGCCCCGAGCCCCGGCCCCGGGGCCCGCCGCUUUGAGCCCGGGCCCAUCACCGACACCACCCGGGACGUCUACCUCAACAAGCUGCAGCGGCUGCGGGGCGAAGCCCGGCAGCGCGCGAGGCCCGGCGUGGGGCCGCUGCGGUCCGAGGCGGCGCGCCUGGGCCUGGGGCCAGGGGCCGUCACCUCCUCCUCAUCCUGGGCCGGGAGCCGCCCGAGCAUCCACCACGCAACCGCCGGGGCCCGCAAUGCGGCUGCCUGGCGCCUCAACCGGGAGCGAGAGCAGAAGCGGGACAGCUCCGAGGAGGACGAGCCGCCCGCCCCGAGCCCCGGCCCCGGGGCCCGCCGCUGGUGGACUCCGGCUCCGGCUUCGGCCUCGGCCCCGGCCCGCAGCCCUACUGCGCACUGGAGCUCCCAGGCCCGCAGCCGGCCCCGGCCCGAGGUGGGGCGGCGGCUGGAGCGCUGGCUCUCUCGCAUCCUGUGCUGGGCCAGUCUGGCGCUGCUGGUCGUCUUCCUGGGCAUCCUGUGGGUGAAGAUGGGGGGUCCCGCCCGGGCGCAGGAGGCGGAGGAGAACAUGAAGUUGUUGCCAGUGGACUGUGAGAGGAAAACAGAUGCGAAAAGCUCUUCCAUCAUUUGCAACAUCAGUAACUUUGAUCUGUCUGCUCCCAAGUUGAUUUUUGGGAAAUACAAUGGCUUGUUUGCAGACCUGUAA